UCACGCCGCCGUGCCUAGUUGAGCGGUAGUCGGCGGGCAUCGGGCCGUUGCUGAGCUACUUCGAGGGUAGGUUGACGGCAAUCAGGACCGCGGAGGGCGCGACGCCAGGAUGAGCAUCCUGCAGAAGAUAUCGGAAAUCGAGGCCGAGAUGGCCAGGACACAGAAAAACAAAGCAACAGCUCACCACUUGGGGCUGCUGAAAGCCCGUCUGGCCAAACUACGUCGAGAGCUCAUCGCUCCCAAAGGAGGAGGUGGAGGAGGACCUGGUGAAGGGUUUGAUGUGGCAAAGACUGGGGAUGCCCGGAUUGGGUUUGUGGGUUUCCCUUCUGUUGGGAAAUCUACACUACUAAGUAAUCUGGCUGGAGUGUACUCUGAAGUGGCAGCCUAUGAGUUUACUACUUUGACCACUGUACCAGGAGUGAUUCGCUAUAAAGGAGCUAAGAUACAGCUGCUUGACCUUCCGGGUAUCAUUGAAGGAGCCAAAGAUGGCAAAGGCCGUGGGCGACAAGUUAUUGCUGUGGCUCGAACCUGCAACUUAAUCUUGAUCGUACUCGAUGUGCUGAAGCCUUUGGUACACAAGAAAAUAAUUGAGAAUGAGGUGGAAGGAUUUGGAAUCCGUCUUAACAAGCAGCCUCCCAACAUCGGGUUCAGGAAGAAGGACAAGGGAGGCAUUAAUCUGACCUCCACGUGUGUGCAGUCCGAGCUGGACAUGGAAACUGUGAAAAGUAUCCUAGCUGAAUAUAAAAUCCACAAUGCUGAUGUUACAUUACGCAGCGACGCAACAGCAGAUGACCUGAUUGAUGUGGUGGAGGGUAAUCGGGUGUAUAUCCCAUGCAUAUAUGUUCUAAACAAAAUAGACCAGAUCUCUUUGGAGGAGCUGGAUAUAAUUUAUAAAAUACCACACUGCGUACCAAUUUCCGCACAUCACCGUUGGAACUUCGAUGAUCUCUUGGAAAAAAUAUGGGAUUACUUGCACCUUGUUCGGAUUUACACCAAACCCAAGGGACAGUUACCUGAUUACACUUCCCCAGUUGUGUUACCACAUCGAAGAACUACAGUUGAGGAUUUCUGCAUGAAAAUUCAUAAAAACCUAAUUAAGGAAUUCAAAUAUGCUCUGGUGUGGGGUUCGUCUGUGAAAUAUAAUCCACAGAAGGUUGGCAAGGACCAUGUGCUGGAAGAUGAGGAUGUAAUUCAGAUAGUCAAGAAGUAAAUUGGGACAUUAUUUCUAUUCUUCAAAGUUCAUUUCUUAAAUCAACUCCCUGGUGGUAACAGUGUUUUGUCAUAUGGUGCAUGAAACACUUCCGGUUGUGAUCGUGUCUGGUACUUCCCUUUAUUCAAUCUGCAGCCAAAGUGUUUCAUUCAAAAUAGUUGCAUAUGUAGAAACAAAAGGUUCUUGACUUUAAACACGUGUAUAAUUCAGCCAAUAAAAGACUAUUGGGAUAA